CUCUCUGCACCCCACGAGGAAGAAGCCUUGGAGCGAGAGAGGAGGCAGCGGGGCUCGGGGCUUGAAGGAACAUGAGGUCUUCUGGGCUUUCAAGAGGAAGAGCUGGUGGACUGCAUAGACAUUGACAACCAUUUGUGUGACGAGAGUGGGACCUGCGACAGGAAAGUCAUCACUUUGGAUAUAUACGUUAAAUCUUAGCCAGUUGCUAGAGGGCAGAAAAUUACCAGACAUGUCCAUAGCCCUCAAGCAAGUUUUUAAUAAGGACAAGACGUUCCGUCCCAAACGCAGAUUUGAACCUGGGACCCAGAGGUUUGAGCUCCAUAAACGAGCACAGGCCUCGCUGAACUCGGGAGUGGACCUGAAAGCAGCCGUGCAGCUGCCCAAUGGAGAAGACCUAAACGACUGGGUGGCAGUUCACGUUGUUGACUUUUUCAACAGGAUCAACCUGAUCUAUGGAACUAUCUGUGAGUUCUGCACAGAGAGGACCUGCCCGAUGAUGUCUGGUGGCCCUAAGUAUGAGUACCGGUGGCAGGAUGACUUGAAGUACAAGAAGCCCACUGCAUUGCCAGCACCCCAGUAUAUGAACCUUCUCAUGGACUGGAUCGAGGUGCAGAUCAACAAUGAGGACAUAUUCCCUACUAGUGUGGGUGUUCCCUUUCCAAAGAACUUCCUUCAGAUCUGCAAGAAGAUCCUGUGCAGGCUGUUCCGGGUAUUCGUUCACGUCUACAUUCAUCACUUCGACCGCAUCAUCAUCAUGGGAGCUGAGGCCCACGUCAAUACCUGUUACAAGCACUUUUAUUACUUUGUAACAGAGCUCAAUGUCAUAGACCGCAAGGAGCUAGAGCCUUUGAAAGAGAUGACAACCAGGAUGUGUCACUAAAGAGCCACCCGUCGAACAGAAGAGAAAUCCAGUUUCAUCCUUAUUGCAAAGCUAGAGGUCAUGAGAGACCUCCUGGGCUGAACCUGCCUGUUAAUUCCCACGGGUGGGAAAGUCAAGGACAGAAGGUUACUUUCACAGAUGCUUCUCAACAUUGUGUGUGCUCUUAACCCUGAAAAUGCUGCUAGGAGCCUCCUCUGAAUGAUGUGGAUUACCAAGUGAGAAAGAAUUGUCUUGGAAUUUUUUUCUGGUUCCUGAAUUAUUGAGGAGGAAUUCUUCAGUCACAGUGACGUUCCAUGUUCCUGCUGUUCAAGCUUUCCUGGAACUCAGGUUUUUAGGCUGGCCUGUAUAUUUGUAAUUUUGAAAUGAACCUGUGUUGUUAGUUGAAAAGAUUUUGUAUACUUUGAUUUUGUGUACUUUGUUUUCCAAGUUCAGCACAAUAUUAAGAAUUCUGGAACUUCAGCAAGAUUUUCAGGUGGAGCCUUCCA